CACUAUUUCUCUCUCUAGAGGCACAAAAGACAGCAUCUUUUCCACCCAUUCUCUGAAACCAAGGACCCCAAAAAUCCCACCUUUUUUCCCCCAUAUCUUCUUCUCGCUCACUCUCUCUCAUGGAUCCCAAGGUCUCCCAGGAGGCCCCCAAGUUCCAUCAGGCCCUGGGCCUUCCAGAGAACAGCAAGAGGGAACCCACCACUGCCGCCAGAGCUUCCUCUGCUGCUCCUGAGAGCUCCAGCCUCCGCACGGCCAUGGCUUCUGCCCCCCAGGACAAGGAGGAGACCCAAAAGAAGCAGCUUGCCCCGAGAAGAAGCUCCAACAAGGAUCGCCACACCAAGGUUGAUGGUCGAGGGAGGAGGAUCAGGAUGCCGGCCUUGUGCGCCGCCCGGAUCUUUCAGCUCACCAGAGAGCUCGGCCACAAGUCCGAUGGUGAAACCAUUCAGUGGUUGCUUCAGCAAGCUGAGCCUUCAAUCAUCGCCGCCACCGGUACCGGAACCAUCCCUGCCUCAGCGCUUAACGCUGCCGCUUCAGCGGCGCCAGGCGCCGCCUCAGCCUCUGCUGGACUUCACCAGAGUUUUGCUUCUCUGAUGGGUGGGAGAGCACACCAUGGUGGUUUGUGGCCAGCUCAAGGUGCUUUCUUGGGGCAAGGGGCUGCCGGUGGAGAUGCUCAGUUGAUGCAGAGGAUUGGGCUUCAUGGAUUGGAGAUUCCAGGAGGGGGUAUGGGUCCUAUGAGCUUUGCUUCCAUGCUUGGUGGCCAUGGUCAGCAGUUGCCUGGUUUGGAGCUUGGUCUUUCUCAAGAUGGACAUGUUAAUGUUUUGAAUGCUCAGGCUCUCAGCCAAUUCUAUCAGCAGAUCGGACAACAAAGCAGGGGCAGCGGAAGUGGCCAUUUGCAUCAGCAACAACAGCAACAACAGCAGCAGCAGCAACAACAACAUCAACAAGAGCAGCAACAAGCAGAGGAUGAUUCACAAGGUUCAAGACAGUAAUAGCUUUGUUCAAUUGGUUAGUGAGUUUUGGUUGAGAAUUUCGGAAUGAACCAAUUCAAAGCUUGGAUUGGUUGCAGCCUUUUGUUGUUGUUGUUGUUGUUAUUGUUGUUAUAUUAGUUGCUUGUAGCUUGAGGGAAGAGAGUCCAAACCUGCUAGUUCAACCAGAUGGUCUUCAGUAUCGGUGCAUGCUGAGAGAGAAAGAGAGAUUGAAUUUAAUAUCUUAGGAGAAGGGGAUUUCUUGUUCACUCUGAGGUUUGUAGAUAAGAGUUUGAGCAGUCUUUAUUUAUUUAUUGUUGUUAGGUUUUGAAAGAGUGUCGAUUGGCUUGGUUUGUGAAGAAUAAACAUUGAAUUUUAGUUCUAAUCUAUGUGAUAUGCCUGCAAGACAUGCUUAGAGUUUUCUU